AGAAUUUCUUCUCAUCAUCAUCUCAACAUGAAUCUUCUGGGCCUUGUUCUCCUUCAAAUUUCCAUUUUCUUCUUCAGAUUAAUCCACUCUGCAAAUUCAACUUCCUUCAAUUUCACCAGUUUCCAAUCAAACACAGCAGAUAUCAAUUUCGAAGGCGAUGCACAUGUAUCUGGCAACAUCAUUCAACUCACCAAAAACCAAACCAAUAUUGCCAAUUAUGGUCGAGCAACGUAUACUCAACCAGUUCAGCUAUGGGACUCAACCACUGGUAUGUUAGCAGAUUUCAACACUCACUGCACCUUCCUCAUAAAUGGUGACACCAUUGUCAAUGGACUUGCCUUCUUCUUUGCUCCCAAUGGUUCAACUGCUCCUCCAAAUUCAACAGGUGGGUUCCUUGGCCUUGUUAAUACUAAUUCCACUACUGCUGGUAAAUUUAUCGCUAUGGAGUAUGAUACUCAUCAGGAUACCUGGGAUCCAAGCAAUAAUCAUGUAGGUAUGAACAUCGGUUCCAUCAUAUCAGAUCAAACACUGAACUGGAAUACUACUAUGACAAAUAAAUUGGCUAAUGCUUGGCUUAGCUAUGAUGCAAGUACUCUGCUUUUGAGUCUCUAUUUGACUUAUGUUGCAAAUCCAGUUUUUAGUGGGGAAACUACUCUUACUAAGAGUAUUAAUCUGAAGGAUUAUUUAACAGAAUGGGUUACAAUUGGGUUUUCAGCUGGUACCAGCACAUCCACUGAGACACAAAAUAUUUACUCUUGGCAAUUCUCUUCCAGCUUCAACACUGGGGCUGUGGUUGGAACAUCAUCAAAGAAUAAGGUUGGAUUGGUGGUAGGAAUUGUUGUUGGUUCAGUUGUCUUGAUUAUUGGGUUGAGUCUAAUUGGUUAUUUGUUUGUGUUGAGGAAGGGGAAAAGAGGGAAAGAAGAAAGUGAUGUGGCCUUUGAAUUGGCCAUGGAAGAUGAGUUUGAGAAGGGAACAGGGCCUAGGAAGUUCUCUUAUCAUGAAUUAGUUAAGGCAACAGAAAACUUCAAUGAUAAAAGGAAGCUAGGAGAAGGAGGUUUUGGAGGUGUUUAUAAAGGCUUUUUGAGUGAUUUGAAUAUGGAUGUGGCAGUAAAGAGAGUCUCCAAGGGUUCUAAACAAGGUGUGAAGGAGUAUGUAUCAGAGAUAAAGGUCAUUAGCCGAUUAAGACACCGGAAUCUGGUUCAGCUCGUUGGUUGGUGCCAUGAACGAGGUGAUCUUCUACUUGUUUAUGAGUACAUGGAGAAGGCGAGCCUUGAUUUUCAUAUCUUCCGUGGAACAAUAACGAUGUUACCUUGGGAAAUUAGGCACAAGAUUGCUCAUGGCUUGGCUUCUGCAUUGCUCUAUCUACAUGAAGAAUGGGAACAAUGUGUGGUUCAUCGCGAUAUCAAGUCCAGUAAUGUGAUGUUAGACUCCAAUUUCAAUGCCAAGCUUGGAGAUUUCGGGUUAGCCAGGCUAGUAGACCAUCAAUUGGGAUCACAAACAACAGUCUUGGCUGGCACCAUGGGUUACAUGGCCCCUGAGUGUGUCACAACUGGUAAGGCAAGUAAAGAAUCAGAUGUUUAUAGCUUUGGAGUUGUUGCUUUAGAAAUUGCUUGUGGAAGAAGGGCUGUGGAACACAAGGAGGAAUCAAGUAAAGUAGCUCUUGUAGCAUGGGUUUGGGAGCUCUAUGGCAGUGGAAGGCUUCUUGAAGCAGUUGACCCGAGACUUGAAAUGGAUUUCGAUGAGAAACAAAUGGAGAGAUUGUUGGUUGUUGGAUUAUGGUGUGCUCACCUUGAUCCAAGUUUACGCCCGUCGAUUAGGCAAGCGAUUAAUGUUCUCAGUUUUGAAACUGAGAUGCCCAAUCUUCCUUCAAAGAUGUCUAUGCCUUCUUACUUUUCUCCUUUGUUGAACUCAUUUCCAUUCUCUCAUGUAUCAUCCAACGAUACUGCUACUACUACUACUACUGAUGCUGCUGUUGCUGCUGCGAGAGAACACCAAACACAGUAUUCAACAAGUACCUGCACCACUACUGAUUCAUCCAUGCCAACCAUGUCUUCUUUUGCUUCUUCCUCUGGAUCCCCUGCAACCCUCUUGUAUGAUUUUAAGAAAACCAACAUAUAAUAGUAAAAUGUAGCUAUUUAGGGCUG